AGCAGGAUGAGGUCCGGAUCUUGAGGCUUCUUGUUUCUUUGCAACUUGAGAAUCUUUAAUGGAGAGAUUAAUGAAAACACAGUGUGAACCAUGGCUUUUCACACACUACAGAUACCUGUGUGUGUGUUGUCUCUGUAUGCAGAUCGUCUGGGGUUUAAACCAGGUGACACUGCUGAAUCCUCCACAGGAGCCCCUCUCAGGCCACCUUUUGGAAGUACUUUACUCUUGUGAUGAACCCGCUACAGUGCAGCUGGACUGUAUUGUGUCUUUUGACACCGGCAUCACUUCCACACUCCUGCUAAGACAGUGGAAAUGCGUCCCCGGUGACCCUAAAAUAAGGACUCUGGAGCUGAACCUGCCGGAUUGGUUGGUGUAUCAAGCUGAUGGGAUUGUUCCAGACUCCCAGUGGGUGCUGAGUUGUAUCCUGCUGGCGUCAGUCAGAUACGGUGGCCUUGAUGACAGCGAGAGGUCUGUCGCGGCUCAGGAUGUGGCAACUCUGCAGCCUAGGCCUUUUUUUAAUCGACCAGUAAAAUGGCAUCCACUGUGCAUUGCCUGGAGCACGCAAAUGCUGCAGCUAACUCAACGGUUUUCAAAGAAACAGUGCCCUUUGGAGCAAGAAACAGUGCACUUGCUGUCUUCAAUAUAUGCUUCAACUGGAGAAAGCUUUGGUAUCACAAAGACACUGGAGCCCUAUAGCAAUGAGUUACUGGAGUAUUUGCGUGUUAAAGCCAUCUCUUUUCCAUGGUGUAUGUUCUCCAUCUGGAUAUUUGUGACCAGACACUGCCAGAAAAACAUGUGCGGUGUGUUUCAUCACAUAGACUCCCAUAAUAACUAUGUCACACCAUCACUGUUCCUCAUAAAGUCAGGCCAGCUACACAUCCAGAUGAAUGGAGAGUCUCAGGAAUCCUCUGCAUUCCUCUCUCCAUUCAAGGUGCCUUUAAGCGAGUGGUGCCAAAUCAGUGUGACGCUGCAUGGUAGAACAGUGACUGUCUCCAUGGUGUGCAUGGAUAAUGAGCAGAGAACAGUUCAUUCUGUGGAACACAUGGCGAGGCAUAUUGUCAUGCUGGAUGACACAGAGGGAUAUUUUGUGAUUGGUGGAGGGAGAUACAUAAGCGGUGUGGAAGGUUAUUUUGGACCAUUGGUGUACUACCGCAACAGAAUAUCACCUCACAGCAUGUCUGAAGUUGUUAUUCCAGAUGUUAUUAGGAUUGUAAAUCUGACCGGAUGGCUGCAGACCUGUCAAGCAUUUCGCCUCGAGAUGACGAUGAAACUCAUUGGCUAUUCUCUCCAGGCCACACAGGAGACAGAGUCUGGUAAGUCUUGUUUUGAUGCUUUCCAUGAGUGGACAGUAAAGGACAGGCUGCCAUCAGAGUGUCAGUGUGAGCUGUGGGAGGCGACUGCCCCUCAUAGAACACAAGCAGCAAAACUGGCCAGGUUUUUGGCUUUCCGACAUGGAGAAGGAAGAGUUAGCCUGGCAGCUGUGGGCCGAGCGCUAUACUCCUUAUCUCUUCAUAAGCUGGGCAGAGCAAGCAGCACUGCAGUGGUCAGCAGAAUAUCACCACUGCUGCUCCAAGCCGGCUGCUUAGCUGAUAACCGAGCUCUGCACAUGACAUCGGUCCUCUACAGCACUGGCCUGGGAGUCAAGAAGCAGGCCAACAAGGCUUGGCUCCUGGCCCUGCUGGCCGCCCAGAAGGAUGAUCGAUUAGCACUUCUGCAUCUUGGGCACCUGCACCACCAGGGUCUCCAUGGCCUCCCCCAAGACACAGACCUGGCCUAUGCAUAUUACGCAAACAUUGCUAAACAGACAACUAUAGACCGUCAGAAUCCCACGCCACAACAGAUGUUUGUUGAGGCUGUAUACCUGAACAAUGAUGACGUGUUGAAGCUCCAGACCAGUGAGGACCAUCACAUCUUCCAGUGGCUGAAACUGCAGGCACGCAGGGGAGCAGCUGAAGCUGAGCAAGCGAUUGCCCGCAUGCUGUUCUGGGGUCAGCAGGGAGUGUCUCCAAACAUCCAGGAGGCUGUGAGACAUUAUGAAAGGGGAGCCGUCCAGUGGGAAGACCCUGUGUCAAUGUAUGACUAUGGCAUAGUCCUACUGCAGGGACAUGGGGUUGAAAAAGACGUUCCAAAAGCUGUCACUUUCCUGAAGAAAGCAAUGGACCAGGGUUUUGUUCCUGCAAUCAAUGCCCUGGCCUGGUACUAUGAGCAGUUUGAGCAAGACUACAAGCAGGCGGUGCAGCUGUGGGAGCGGGCCGAUCUCCUCGAGUGCCCGGACGCUGCUUUGAACCUUGGUGUCGUACACUCACAGGGUCUGUAUCCAGGAAAAGCUGCUGACCAGUUUAUGGCCUAUCAGUACUAUCUGAGGUCUGCAGAGAGAGGGCACGUCAGGGGAGCGGUUCACCUCGCCGACAUCUGGACCACUGGGAUACCCGGCCGCGUCAACAGACGUCCUUCAGAUGCUGUUUUGUGGGUAAAGUGGGCCGCUGAGCACAAUGGAUACCUGGGCAGCAUCUUACGGAAAGCCUUGGAUUCAUAUCUCAAGAGUGACAUGGUCAGCUCACUGUUAUAUUACAUGAUGGCUGCUGAGUCCGGCUAUGCAGCUGCCCAGUUCAACGUGGCAUAUCUAUGUGAACAAAAUACGUUUGCUUUUCUGGAUACUGCUUUUGCAUCAGACUGUAUGUGGAGAUACUACAACCUUACAAUCCAAAGUCAGAAUCCUGACACAUACGCUUUGAUUAGGAUGGGUGACCUGCUGUACGAGGGGCAGGGCUACGGGCAGAAAGACUUGUUCUCUGCAGCAGAGAUGUACACACUGGCAGCACUGAGGAACGAGCCACAGGGGUGGUACAACCUUGGUCUCCUUGCUGAAGAGGGUUUCAGGCUGCCGCUGUCGAUACUGACUGAACUCGGCCUUUCAGAGCUGUACUUGGCAGACAGCACUUUGCUCCUAAGUGCUUUGUACAAAAGAUGCAGAGACUCAGAAGAUACAGAUUCAGACUUGCCUUGCAGCCUUGCCAUCUUCAAUGUGUAUCUCCAGUCUUUCCAAAAAGACUACAGUGCUGCUAUUAAGCUCUUCACUGCUGUUACUGUGGUUGCAGCUCCGACGAUAUUCUUAAUCGCCCUCGGUGUGCUCAGGAGACCCGUCCGGUCCCUCAGCUAGAACCAAGGUUCUUAUCAGGAUCAUCUGUGCACUAAACUGAAGGAUGAAAGUGAACGUGCAUACAAACAGCACAGCAAUAUUUUGUGUUUGUUUACAUUCGUUUACUAUGGGAUCACUGAAAAGAACAAAUGUGAUAGCUAUAGUAAGGAUUAUUUUUUUACUACAUGUAUGGAAUGUUUCUGGUUUGUGUGUUUCAUACUGUUAAAAGAAUGUUUUUACUUUUCAUGAAAAGAAUAGCUUGAUUGAUACUGUUGAUAGAUCAAAGAUGUUGUUUUUGGAUCUCCUUUUGUCUUCCAAUGUAAUGAUUCCUUCACCCCGUUGUGGUCUGUGAGUGGAUGACAGGUGAUGAGUGCCCAGGUGUAACCUCGGGUCCCCCACCACCUCAUUAUACUUCAGCACGAUCAUUAAACAAGCAUCUAACGGGUCACCUGGGCUCAGGCCUCUUCUCUAGCUUGUGACACUUGAGUCAAACACAACUAAACAUUUGGUGAUAUAGUUUCAGUCACUUUUGUAUGAACAGAUCUUAAACAGGUCAGAAUUCAAUGUUAUAGGGAAAUGAAGAGUGUUAUGGAUAAUAACGUCAUAAUUCGAACAAGUCUGCAAGCCUGACAGGCAUUAAGAAAGUUAGAGGUCAUUCAAAAACACUGUUCCCCGGCUCCAAUACACUGCAGCAUUGAUUGAGCUCCGGCCUGCUCGGAUAGAGGAGUCCAGGUCCGGGAGGGGGAUUUCAACCCUAUUUAUCUGAUAAAGGAGUGAUGCUUAUAUUGGAACAAAUUCUACAGAAAUAUGGUCUCUCCACAAA